CUGUUCUUUUCAAACCCCAAUCCCCCAAAAUACCACAGCAAUGGAGGGAGACGUUUUUUCUGAGAUGAUUUUCAGUGAAGGCAGAGAGGUUGAAGUAACCUCUGAUGAAGAAGGGUUUAAAGGGGCUUGGUUCACUGCUACCAUUCUCGAACCCCCAAAGAACAAAACUAAAGACAAGGCCUUGGUUCAAUACAAGAACUUACUCGAUGACGAUAAUCAAAUGCCAUUGACUGAACAUAUCAAACUUUCCUUCAUUAGGCCUUUGCCUCCACAACCCAAAAUCCCUGAUGAUCAGUGUUUCGAAGUAAACGAUGUCGUGGAUGCGUUUUACCUUGAUGGGUGGUGGACUGGCUUUGUUUCUAAAGUUUUUGACUACCCAAAGAGGUAUUCUGUGUCUUUUGCACACCCGCCUGAAGAGAUUGAGUUUUCUUCUUCCAAUUUGAGGCCUCACUGGAAAUGGGUUGAUGGCAAAUGGGUUAAACCCUCCAACUUUCAGGAAGUUUUGAUCUCUUCAGAUUGUCAAGAACUGGUGGAGGUCUCUUGCAACGCCACCAAAGAUGCUGAGGCAACUAUUCAGCUUGAAAGUUCAGAUGCUGUAAAAUGCAGCAACAAAAAGCACAAACGUUCAAGAAAGAAUGAGAUGGGCCUCUCAACUGCAUCUAAAGGAAAAGCAAAGGGUAAGCGUGUAAAGCGGGCAACACCUGAAGGUGAUGCUACACUUUUACAUCCUUCCCAGAAGUUGAAAGAUCGAAGCUUCGCAGAGUUAUUAGUUUUACAAGAAUCUAACAUGAAGGAUUUGCCAAGUGGAACACCAAACAUAGCAGUCAGAGCAGCAACUAUAUUUCCUGAAAAAAAUGUGGGUGGUGAGCAACCUGCUGUCAAAACCUGGAAGACUUAUGUGAGAGAUGAAAUUGAGAUUCAUCUGCAGAAAGAACAUGAUAUGAGCAGAUUUCUGAAAGAAGAUGGUGCAAAAACUGGGAUAAAGAGGAGAGAGCAACCCUGCGUUGUGCUCAAAAUCAAGCAACCUAAAUUAGUGUUUCAGAUGAGCCAAUCUCCAUCUGCUGGACAAAAUGAUGCUGCAGGUGUUCUUGAAGAAAUGUUUUCUAGAGAAUACACAGCCACAGAAGUUGAGUCAUCUGCAAUCUCACAAAUGGAGCGAGCAGUAGAGAGAACAGCCAUAGUUUCUGCAACAGAUUGUCAGAGAAAGGAAGUCGAGGUGACUGAAAAGUCUGGUGGAAUUCUUCAUGAUAAUGAAGAACAACCUCCAUUAAUAUGCUACAAGAAAAAGCAUUCUGGCCUUAGAAAGAUUAAUUCUGUAGUGAUGGAGGAAAACAACACAGGACAUAUUCGUCAUGGUUUUGUGAAUCAAUGGAAUGAUCCAAGGGAGAAAUCACUUGAAAUUAUGGUGCAGUCCCCUUUACUAGCCAUGACAGGCGACAAUGAACUGGAGGAUGAAGGCUUACCUUUUGUGAAGAGCUUACCGAUCUGGAAAGCAGUUCAAUCUAUGGAAAUUUUCCAAGUCAUGCCUCAAAACCCACAUUUUCAUCCAUUAGUUAAAUUGAAAGAAAUACUCCGUGAAGGAGUAGCUGUUGGUCACAUGUUGACCUUUGCAUCCUUGGUGCAGAAAACAUUGAAUUUGACAGUUGCGGAUCCCAGGAACCUUUUUACUAGCAUUUUAGAUGCUCUUCUUGACUUGGAAAUGCUUGGAUUUGAUGUGAAGGCAGUAAGGGAUCGCACAAGUGAGUUGCUGGUCAUGAAAGAUAGAUAUGGACAUCUUCAAGACCAAUCUAAAGAAGUUGAAGUGCAGGUCAAACAGCAUGCUCACGAGUUGACCAAAAUAAAUGAAGAGAUUGAUAUAAACAAGAAGAUGUUGAAAGAACUAGAAGAAAAGCAGGCAAUACUCGUCUCAAUAAGGGAGUCUAAAAUAUCCAAAAUAGCCUCGUUGCAAGUAUGUGCGGAUGUUACUACCGGAGACAUUCAAAGUGUAGAGUUUGAUUUUGAGAAUCUAGCAGCUAGUCCUUGUUACCCAUAUCGUUAGUCCGCUGAGACCAGACUUGCCAAAUGUGAGGUGGGGGGAAUUUCGAUUGUGAAUAUGGAUUUGUAUGGCCAUUGAGCUGCGUCUAUUAGUAUUUCAUGUAAGUAAAUUCUGCUUUUUGAAGAAUCAUAAUAGUUAAGCGUAUUAGCUAGCUAGUACCUAUGUUAGUGUUUUUUUAUUUUGUUUAAUCUUUUGGGAAAGUUCUCCAUUUGUGUUGUAUGACACAUAAGUGUACGCUGGACUUCUGGGACCAAAAAAUUGCACCAAGUUUAACUUCAUCACCAGGGUGGUUACUGGAAAUGAUACCAAAUAUUGGUUGGACAAGAUGUUCAUGUGUAUUAAUGGCCUUUGGGUUGAGCAGCUUGUUUUUUUUUGUAAACAAAGCUUCAGAUGCUGAUCGAACAGAUAACUAAUUAAGAGCAGUAGACUCUGAUGGUGUGGUCAUGGAUGCAAGGGAGGGGAAUGAGGAUUGAUUUCCUGAGGGUCAUGUAACUCCCCCAAAAUUCAACUCAAUAUAUGAGGUAAAGCACAGGCAUAUUUGAGGAAGGUUCCAAACAAGAUUUCUUGGCAAAAUCAGCAACCUCUCUGCCGUUGUUUCUGAAGAUGGUAACCCGAAAGAUUCAGGCAAACAUCUUCUUCCAGCAAAGAAAAUUUCCUCCAGCUGGAGAGUAACCUAGCAUACUCUGGGUGGUUCGCCAUCUUCACUUGCCAUGUUUUAUUGGAAACCUGAAGUUUUACGUUCGUCCUCAUCAACGGACAAAAAAAAAAAAAAAAUUAUAACGUGCAUGAGUUGGAUUUGAAGACAAACGUAGCACAUACGAGAUGUGCACAUAAGAAGGUUGUAUAAUGACUUUGAAGAAUGGAUAAUUGGAGUUGAGUUUUCGCGCACCUUCAAGAAUAGAUCACUGCUUUUCUUCUGAUAUACUCCAAAAAGGGUUGUGGAUGGAGCCCUUUGUUCAGGCAAGUUUGCCUUAUCAGUUUG